AACGAAGAAAAAUAAGAAUUAGGGAUUUCGAAAAGCCAUGGCUCUUAAGUUGUCAACAAUGGCUACCUAACUUUUCUGAUUCCUGAAAAUCUGGUUUCAUAUUAGAAACAAUUUAGUGGGUCACUUUAAAAAUUCGAUUUUUUUUGAUCAAAAACGAUGUGGUCGGUGGUGGGUUUAGUGAGACGUACGGCUAUGUCCUCAACCGUGAGUAAAGCUUCCCCGGUUAGGACUUUGCUUGGUGGGUAUAGGUGUCUCAACGUUGAAUCUAAGGAAGAUGAUGAGAAAAAGGUGGAUAUGACUGUUUCUGAAGCUAAGAAGCUAAUGAGAUUAGUGAAUGUUGAAGAUAUGAAGAAGAAGCUUAUUGGUAUGGGUGAUAAAGAGAUGGUUACUUACAGUACACUCAUUGAAGCUUCUCAAGGUUUAGGUAUCGCUAGAUCUCUUGAUGAAGCUCAUGCUUUUGCUCGUGUUCUUGAUGAUGCUGGUGUGAUUUUGAUUUUUCGUGAUAAAGUCUAUCUUCAUCCUGAUAAGGUGGUGGAUUUGAUUAAAAAGGCAGUACCUUUAGGUUUGAAUCCAGAUGCUGGUUCGAUUAGAGAUGAGUUUGAUAAGAUGAGAAGUAUGAAAGAAGAGAUUGAUGUGUUGGCUCAUCAACAAGUGAGGAAGAUUCUUUGGUGUGGUCUUGGUUACUCUGUGGUCCAGAUUGGAAUAUUCAUUAGGCUAACUUUUUGGGAGUUUUCUUGGGAUGUGAUGGAACCAAUCACUUUUUUCACUACAGCUACUGGGAUUAUUGUGGGUUACGCUUACUUCUUGAUGACUUCAAGAGACCCAACGUAUCAAGAUUUCAUGAAAAGGCUGUUUCUUUCUAGGCAGAGGAAGUUGCUCAAGAGUCAUAAGUUUGAUGUUGAGAGGUUUAAAGAACUUGAGAACAAGUGGAAGGCAACGUAUUGCUCUUCUUCUUCGUGCCACGCAAACGCAUCGAUUCGGAAUCGUGUUGGUGUUGAUCUUGAUUUGGAGGAUUCUUUGCAGAGUCGUCACAGAGAUUGAUUUGGCUUUAAUCAUCCCAUCAGUUUCUGGUUUUCCUAACCAUUUUUCACUUUUGAUUUGCAUACUUAACCAUAAAAUUUCUUCUCUCUUGUAUCAAGUUUGAUCAUUUGGUGUUAAUUGAGAGCCAAAGAAUAGAAGUUAGUAGCCAUUUGAUAAUCUUCAGCUACUGUUAUCUAAA